GGUUUAUUUCCAUCGCCUUCAGUCCAUCUUCCGGCCAGCAGCACGUUACUUUCGUUCUGUUAGUUUAUUGAAAACAUCAAAGCAACCUGUUCUUUCCCGUAGUAUGGACUUCUAUGUAAAUGUCCCGCCUCCUGUUCACUGUCUUGACGUGACCGAAGCAUUCCGUUCACUUAGUAAAAGUGAAAAAGAUUAUGUCUUCAGCUGCACACAAGCAUCAUGGGUUGGUGGUCUGAUUGGCUUAAUUCAAACAUCUCCAGAAUCUGCUGGAAUAUUCCUAUUUAUUUAUCGAUUCUUCAAGUCUCAAGAUGUGCAUUCAUUCACUGAAGAAGCGAAAAAGAAAAACUUUUCUGAGGAAGAGAUAAACCACUUGCUAUCGUACUUUGCAUCGGUUCUAGGCAACUUUGGAAAUUACUUGUCUUUUGGAGAUACCAAGUUCGUUCCAGCUAUUAGUUUGAGUAGAGUAACAGAGCUUCUAUCAGUGAAUAGCGCAUUUUCUAAUCCGGCGACAGGUCUCAAAGCUUUGUGGGAAGAAAUAGCUCCUGCACUAUAUUCAUUAAACUCCCGUCGUUUACGCCUUGGAUUCGGUCCAACUGAAAUAACAACUUACUACUCUGCAAACUGUACGCGUAGUGAUGCUGAAUUAAUUCAAAAGUACCUGGAAAGUAUAAAAACCGAGCCAUAUAAUACACGACUUUUCAAAAAUGCUGACUCUAAGAAAGAAGUUUACUCUCUUCGGUUUGCGUCAGCUGAGAAAUCCAUCCAGCCCAUAUCUUAUGAUGCCUUUCCCUCCGAUACAUCUUUGCAGCUUGAAUAUGGUGACUAUAGUGAGCUGAUGAAGUUACUAGUCGAUUGUUGUAAGGAUUCUAAAGCACAUUCACUGAACCAAAUCGAAUCAGAAAUGUGGCAUAAGUAUGCUGAAAGCUUUACUACUGGCUCAGUAGCCACUCACAAAGAUGCUUCCAGGUUAUGGGUUAAAGAUAAGAACCCUAUUGUUGAAAACUAUAUUGGUUUUAUAGAGUCAUAUCGUGAUCCGUUAGGCGUUCGUGGAGAGUUUGAAUCAUUUGUCGCUGUUGUAAAUAGAUCAAUGUCAACAAAAUUCCAACGACUUGUAGAUAAUGCUGAAAAGUUGUUAACAAAUUUACCAUGGCCUUCUACCUAUGAAAAAGAUAAAUUCCUACAACCAGACUUUACUAGUUUGGAUGUAGUGACGUUUGCAACUUCGGGGAUUCCUGUUGGAAUUAAUAUUCCUAACUAUGAUGAUAUACGACAAGUUGAUGGCUUUAAAAAUGUUUCUUUGGGCAAUGUACUUAGUGCUCGUUUCAAGGAUCCUAAAUCAGAAUUUCUACGUAAUGAAGACAAACAAAUGUAUGUGGAGCAUGCUGAAAGUUCUUUUGAAUUACAAGUUGGACUGCAUGAACUAUUGGGACAUGGUUCUGGUAAACUGUUCCAGCGUGAUUGUGAUGGAAAACUGAAUUUCGACACAAAAACUACUGAAGAUAUCAUUAAUGGAGGUCCUGUAAAAAGUUGGUAUGAACCAGGAGAAACGUAUGACAGCAAAUUUUCAAGCCUUUCCUCUGCAAUGGAAGAGUGUCGAGCUGAAUGCGUUGGAAUUUAUCUGUCUGAUUUACCUCUUGUUUUGGAACAAUUCGGUUUGAAUACUGACUGUGCUCAAGGCGAUGUCCCAGAUGUCGUCUAUAUCAAUUGGUUGUCAAUGAUUCGUUCAGGUGUAACUUCUAUGGAGUUUUAUUCUCCAGCAGAAAAUGCUGGUGACAUUGGAUCAUGGCGUCAAGCACAUUGUUGUGCUCGUUAUGCAAUUCUACGAGUUUUGAUUGAAGCUGACAAUUCUAUGGUACGUAUAGAUGAAGUAGUCGGUGAGGAUGGUGCACCUGAUUUGUGCAUUUUCUUUGAUCGUAAAAAGCUUUUAACUGUGGCUCGUCCAGCAAUUGGUGAAUUCUUAAGAAAAUUGCAAUAUUACAAAAGUACAGCGAAUGCUAAAGAUGGAUGUGCUUUCUUCCAACACUAUAGUCAACUACUUCCACAACAUACUAAAUUGCGUAAAAUUGUAUUAGAUCGUAAGAAACCUCGACCUAUAUUUGUACAACCUGGACUUCGUCAAACUACCAAUGAUGUUGAAUUAAUCGCAUAUCCUUCAACUUAUCCCGGUGUUAUCCAAUCAUUUGUAGAUCGUUAUAAUGAUUUGCCUUUAGGCCAAAAAGCUCUUGAUGCUUUAGAAAUUGUUUGGCGUAGAGAAAAGCCGUAUUUUGAAGACAUUCCUAUAUAAGUCAAGUCAUAUAAGUCAGUUAUGUGAAUGUGACAUGUUGAACAUUUUAUAAUGCAUAAGUGAAUUGGUAUUCUUGCUCUUUUUUUCACAUUGCUUAUAUAUGUAUCAGUGUGCUGGUUCAUGUUCUUGAAUAAAUUGUUGAGUUUUGCAGUUUUCUGGUGGUGUUCUUUCUUGUGAGUCAUUGUUUCGAGGAUCUUCUUUGCAAUAUGAUUGGUCAA